AUGUGCUUGGACGACUGUGAUGAUCUAUUAUGCUGCUUGUGUAUUCCACUCGCCGCUCUCUGCUGCUGCAAAUGUUGUAAGGAUAUGAUGGGCAAUGAAAAUCGACCUCCAGCUGGACAAACAAAUGUUUAUUAUCAGCAGCCAACUCAACAAGUCCCACCCGGUUAUGGUCCCGCUUACGGUCAACCACAACAGUUUUACCCAGGGCAACCUGUACCUCAACCAUAUUAUCAGCCGCAACAACCAGGUGGGUAUUAUCCUCAGCCUGGCGGAUAUCCACCACAGCAACCUGUUUAUUAUUCGCAAGAUGGUUACCCUAACCAGCCGCCUCCUUAUAGAUGA